GAAAAUUUGAUUUUAUAAUUUGAUAUAUUUAAAAUUAUGUUAUGUUUCUUCUCAGACUAUACUGAUAAUGUAAAAUUCUAAAAACUUAAUGCUUCAUUUUAGUUGGAGGCCUAACAGAUUUAGGAGGAGGACUUAGAGGCCUAGGAGGGGGACUUGGAGGCCCAACAGAUUUAGGAGGAGGACUUGGAGGUCUAGGAGAAGGACACAAUACUGAUGAUGUGAAAUUCUAAAAACUUAAUGUUUCAUUUUAUUUGGAGGCCUAACAGAUUUAGGAGGAGGACUUGGAUUCCUAGGAGGGGGACGUAAGUUAUUUUAAGAUUAAUUAAAAAAAUUGAUCUUUUAUAAUAAUUAGUUAUAUUUAAAAUUAAAUUGUGUUUCUUCUCAGACAAUACUGAUAGUUUAAAACUCUACAAAACUUAAUGUUUAAUUUUAGUUGGAGGCCUAACAGAUUUAGGAGGAGGACUUGGGGGUCUAGGAGGAGGACUUGGAGGCCUAACAGAUUUAGGAGGAGGACUUGGGGGCUUAGGAGAAGGACUUGCUGGCCUUUCAGAUUUAGGAGGAGGACUUGGAGGCCUAGGAGGGGGACUUGGAGGCCUAACAAAUUUAGGAGGAGGACUUGGGGGUCUAGGAGGAGGACUUGGAGGCCUUUCAGAUUUAGCAGGAGGACUUGGUGGCCUAGGAGGAGGACUUGGAGGACGACUUCCGAAUUUAGAAGGAGGACGACUUCCGAAUUUAGAAGGAGGACGUAAGUAAAUAACUGAAAACUAUAGUACAUUUAUUUUGGACAUCCUUUAUGUUAAUUCAAAUCUCAAAAACUUUGUUUUGUUUCAGUUGGAGGAGGACGUAAGUAAAUAACUUAUACUGUAGAACUGUUGUUUUGAAAUAAUUGUUGCGAUUUAAAUUCUCAUAAACAUUGUUUUAUUUCAGUUGGAGGAGCACGUAAGUAAAUAACUUAUACUGUAGAACUGUUGUUUUGAAAUAAUUGUUGCGAUUUAAAUUCUCAUAAACAUUGUUUUAUUUCAGUUGGAGGAGCACGUAAGUAAAUAACUUAUACUGUAGAACUGUUGUUUUGAAAUAAUUGUUGCGAUUUAAAUUCUUAUAAACAUUGUUUUAUUUCAGUUGGAGGAGCACGUAAGUUAAAUAACUUAUACUGUAGGACUGUUGUUUUGAAAUAAUUGUUGCGAUUUAAAUUCUUAUAAACAUUAUUUUAUUUCAAUUGGAGGAGCACGUAAGUUAAAUAACUUUUACUGUAGAACUGUUGUUUUGAAAUAAUUCUUGUGAUUUAAGUUCUUAUAAAUAUUCUUCUAUUUCAGUUGAAGAAGGACGUAAGUAAAUAACUUAAAAUGUAGAACAAUUGCUUUGAAAUAAUUGUUGCGAUUUAAAUUCUUAUAAACAUUGUUUUAUUUCAGUUGGAGGAGGACGUAAGUAAAUAACGUGUACUGUAGAACUGUUGUUUUGAAAUAAUUGUUGCGAUUUAAAUUCUCAUAAACAUUGUUUUAUUUCAGUUGGUGGAGCAGGUAAGUUAAAUAUCUUAUACUGUAGAACUGUUGUUUUGAAAUAAUUGAUACGAUUUAAAUUCUUAUAAACAUUGUUUUAUUUCAGUUGGUGGAGGACGUAAGUAAAAUAAAUUAUACUGUAGAGCUGUUGUUUAGAAAUAAUUGUUGAGAUAUAAAUUCUUAUAAGCAUUGUUUUAUUUCAGUUGGAGAAGGGCGUAAGUAAAUAACUUAUACUGUAGAGCUGUUGUUUUGAAAUAAUUGUUGCGAUUUAAAUUCUUAUAAACAUUGUUUUAUUUCAUUUGGAGAGAUUCUUGACGCAGGAAGAUGACUUAAAUAAUACUCAUUAUAUUUUAAAAGAAUUGAUUGUCUACUGUAUAAUAUAUAAUAAAUAGAUCCAAUCUUUGUGAGUUUUACAUUUUAUUUCGUUCAAGGAAGUAAGCAAUUUACUGAUCGUAUCCUCGCAAAUAUGGUUUAAAUACUUUAGAAUAUGAUUUCUACUUUCAAUAGCAAGCUUUUCUAGUUUAAGAGGAAUGUGUUAGUAUUCUUAAUAAUUAUUAAAAUUAUUCAUAGUUUUUUGAAAGAAAUUAAGACCUUUAAUUCGUUACAUUGUUUAUUUUCAAUUGAUGUGUUUCAGAUGUGUGAGGCAGACAUUAGAAAAUAGCUGAAAACAUUGAUUUCUUCACCAUUUUGCUUAAAUGUUUACAUAAUUUUUUUGCAUAUUGCAAAUUUUAUUUUAUUUCAGUUGGAGGCUUUCCUAAUCUGAAAGAAACAUGUGACUAUUUUCGCAAUUAAUCAAAACCAUUGACAUUUUUCUUAGUAAGAAGAAGUUUUUAUUUUUAAAGUUUAUAAACUUAGUGUUAUUUUAGUUGGAGGACGUAAUUAAUAUAAAAUGUAUAUUCUUUUUCUCUAAAAAUAUUGCUUGAUAGGUUUAUUGAAAAGUUGGAUACCUCAUUAUUUUUUUCUAUAAGAAGUUAAAAGUGCUUUAUAAAAUUAUAAAAAUUAUGUGAUUUAAAUGAUUAUAAAGUUAGAUAUUUCCUUUAUUUAGAAAUAUGGAUG